AGUACAGAAAUAAACAAUCUUUCAGAGGAAAUAGUGCUUCAAGGUGUCUCUUUGUUUGUCAACAGAAAUUUAAAAUUUUAUGGUUCUUCAAAGAUAUCAAGGGGAUUUCAAUAGUUUUAAUAAUAAACUCUGCUCUUAGUAGUUUCGUACAAACUUUUUCGUGUACAAUUUUUAUCAUUCGCUCGAAAAUGAUCGACAUUUGACAGUACUCUCUGUGAUUACGCAGUGAAAUUAAUAUCUUUUUUUCCUAAGUUUAAAAUUAAUGUCUGAUUUGCUUUACAACAUGAAUUCUUUGCAAACCAAUUACCAAGCUCUGGUUUCUGAUGAUACUGAUGGACCACAUGAUAGUGUGGUUUUUCAGGUGUCGUCAGAUGAUUCUUGUCCUCGAUGGAACCAUGUUGAUGAUUUAGAUGCCUUCUUCCAAAGAAUCUAUCAUUAUCAUCAAAGUGGAGGCUAUUUAUGUAUCAUGACUAAAUGUGUUAUCAGAGUGUUGUUUUUUGCUUUAAUAGGAUUUGGUUUUGUGUACUGUAGUGACUGCAUUUAUUUUAAUUUUGAUCUGCCAUCUUCUCCAUUCUACAAUACGACAAUUACAUCAUUUUCUCAGCUUUUCAUCCCAAUUUCUGUGUGUGCAGCAACACAGUUCAAUUCCACCAGUUGGUUUUGUGUGACAAUUCUUAGUAUGGUUCUAAUUUACAGACUAUACAAAUUAAUUGACACAGGUUGCAAAUACAGAGAUAUUAAAGUUUUUUAUGAAAGUGUAAUGAAAAUUUCUAAGUAUGAUCUUCCAAAUGUGACAUGGCAUGAAGUGGUGAGCCGGUUGCGAGAGGUGCAGCAUGAACAACAGAUAUGUGUCAAUAACACUGAUUUAAAUGAAUUAGAUAUAUCUCAUCGAAUUUUAAGGACUACAAAUUACAUGGUUGCUAUGGUAAAUAAAAACAUCCUGCCUUUGAAAAUCAGUACAAGGUUUUUUGGUGAAUGGUAUUAUUUUUCUUCCCAACUUCAAACAACACUUGUUUUUCUCCUAUUUACCAGUACUUAUUUGUCACCUUUCAAAGCUCCCGGAAAAUUAAAGGAAGAGUUCAAAAAGAGAGAAGAAAGAGCAAAAUGUGCUGCCCAGCUUACUCGGACUUUUCGAAUAGUUGGGUUGUUAUGUGUCUUCAUGAUACCACUUUUCUUCUUCUGGAGUAUUCUUUCUUUUUUGGUGAAUUACUCUGGCUAUGUGAGAUUAGAACCUGGUUUUUUUAGUGUUAGAAGGUGGUCUAGAUAUGCAAGAUUGUAUUUGAGGCAUUUCAAUGAAAUGGAUCAUGAAUUGGACAAGAGACUUGGCAGAGCUUCCAAACCAGCAAAGGAUUAUAUGAGAUCAUUUUCUACACCUUUAGUUGUUGUGAUAAACAAAUUUAUUGUCAAGUUGUUGGGUUUCAGUGUAGCUUUUGUUGCCUUUUGGGGUAUAUUCAAAGAAGAACUUUUCACAAUCCCCAAUGUUUUAGUGGUGCUUUCAAUUGGAGGCAUCCUUUUUUCUGGGUUGUCUGCUUGUGUGCCUGAUGAAAAUGAAGUACUUUGUCCUUAUGAGCUUAUGCAAAAAAUUUUAGCUGAUAUUCAUUAUGUUCCUGACCAUUUUAAAACUAUGGCUCAUACAACUAAAGUGCGGGAUGAAUUUGGUCACUUAUUUCCUUACAGAUUUGUUACUCUUCUUGAUGAGUUAAUAAGUCCUUUAAUCACACCAAUGCUGUUAAUGUUCGUCCUGCCAAAUCACACCUUAGAAAUUGUGGAUUUUCUGAGAAAUUUCACAGUUCAUGCUGAUGGUGUGGGUGAUGUUUGUUCUUUUGCCUUGAUGGAUGUUCUAAAGCAUGGGAAUCCCCGGUGGUUAGGUGAUGGUCUUACAAAGGCUGGCCUGCAGGAACAAGCAGAAGAUGGAAAAACAGAACUUUCAGUGCUUCAUUUUGCGCUGAUGAAUCCUAAUUGGGAACCACCUCAAGCUUCCAAUGCAUUCAUUCAGAACUUUAGAGAACAAGUUAAUACUGCUAAAGAUCAGUACCCAGGACUAGAUUCAAAUCCUUUUUAUAAUUCUCUCAACUCUGUAUCUACCAUGGGAUCAAAGUAUGCUAGUUUGGCUAACAGCAUACACCAAUCUAAGCAUCAGUCUUUUCCAAGACCAGGAAGUAGUAGUUUGUCUUCUGGUUUACGAACUGAUAGAAUUGUGAUGACAGGUUUGAGUCAGGCAGAAGGUCCACCGUAUCUUGCUCAAAAUGGAAUAUGGACAAGUACGGCUGAUUUGGACAUGGAAAGUUCUUUAAGACAAGCUGGCCUCAAUGCAAUUGAAGCUAGAGCUGCUGAUAUGAGUCUUAGUGCUUUAUUUUUGCAUGAAGUCCAUGACAGGCAUAUGGGAUCUAUAAGAUCUCAGGGCGGCGACAUACAGCAGAGUCAAAGUGAAAGUCAGAGAAGGCAAGAAGGAGAAGAACUUCCCCUUUUAAGAAUAGGGUAAAGCUUUUCUCAAUGAGAUGAUCCUAGAGGCUGAAAUUUUGAAUAUUAGAGGCUUAUUUAUUGAUAAACUGUUCUCACAUCAACUGCUAUUUUGCAAACAUCUGUGAUUUAUGUGAAAAUAAUUCUUAAAAACAGCUACAGCAUUUUGUUUUUAACUCAAGCUCGCAGCUGUGUAAAUAUAAUCAAUAUUUAGAUUGUUGAACUGUUACUGAAUUGUGCUUUUUAAUGUUAUGACAAUUGUAAAUAUGUACAUGAUACCAUUUCAUUUGCCGAUUACUCAUAUGCACUGGAUUAAAAGUAUAUUUGAAGUAGUGUUUUGAAUGCAAUUUAGUAUUUUAAUUUAAAUAAUUGAUUUUUUUUUGUAUUCACACUUAAUCAUGAUUUCACUCUCUUGUCAUCAUGAAAUUUAGUCAUCGUCAUAAGCUUCUUUAAUCAUUUCAUUCUUUAGUCAUCUCAACAAUUUGUUAUCUUGAAGAAGUUACCUUUUGUUAUUUACAUCUUUGUUUUGUUUUAUUUUGUUUUAGAAAGUGCCUAGUUGGACUUUGUUAGGGGUUUAUGAAAACUUAUUUCUGUGUGCUGUAUUUCAAAUCAGUCUUUCAAGCAUUAAAACACAACUCAUACAUUCAUAAUGAAGUUUUUAAACUUUUCAUUUCGUCAUUAUCCUUAUGAUUCUUCAUUUCCAUGAGUAUUUCUUCAUGCUUAUUUUAAAGUUGCCAGAUGUAUUAGUUUGUAGAAUGGAUUUGCUCUAAGCUCAUACGCACAAGUAAGUGCUGGAGAUAUUUAAGUGAAUGCCUUCAUUUAACAUUUGCGUAGACCAACUUUUCCUCUAUCUUCAUUAUUCAUCUUUUAUUGUGCAUUAAACUUCAUUUUUAUGUACUUAACUUUAAGCUUGUAGGUUUUUUUUAGUAAAUCUUAUUCUCAAAAAAUCUCAAAUGCUUUUCAAAAAAUAAAAAUACUGAAAUUUUUAUGCAAUAAUAUGUAUAUUGUAUAUAUAUCCUGAUAUUUACAUUCUGAAGUCUGAUACUAAGUACCUGAAAUAUUAAUUUUAUAUCCACACAUUUCAUCUUCUGCACUGAGUAAAUAUUGAAUAUAUAAAGGUAUUCUUCUUAAGAAUAAUUGUAUUAACAUUUGAUUCAUUGAAAAUUGCUAUCUUCCUCAAUUUAUUUAAUAUCUUGGAAAUCUCAAUAAAUUAAAUAUUAAUAUAGACUAUUCAUCAUAAAGAAUUUAAAAAUUUUUACAAUAUGGAAUAAGAAAUGUUAAAUUUUUUUAGAAAUAUUUGUAUUCAUUACUUGACUAAUAUUAAAUCAUACUGAAUCAUAGUUCAUUUGUUUGCACCAUCCAUAACUUGUUCGAUUAAACAAAUUAUACUAUUUAUAAUUACGAUCCUUCUCCAAUUUUCAUCCACGUAUUGAUAUCAAUUAUGUGACCAAUUCAUUAUUAAUUAACAAACUUAGUGAAAUUUUAAGAGUACUUUUACAUAGGAAAAUAAAAUUAAUCCACUGUCAGUUUUAUAAACACAGAACAAAGAAUUUUGUAUUUUCUUGAAAAUUGAGUCAGUAUUAUUGUCAUAACAUUUAUAUAUACUGUGUGUUAUAAAUAUGUCAGCUUGAAAUCAAGUAAAAAUUUAGCCUUAAAUUUGCCUGUCCAUUUUUAAAAUAUUCCUUAAACAACCUUCCUUAACCUGUGUUGGUAUAUAUUCCCUGUGAUAUCUUUAUUUUUCUGAUUUGCCUUUUUUUCCCCCAAAAUUCAGAUGUCUGAUUUUCAAAAAAUAAAGAACUAUAUUACUUAUAUAGAAGUAUUUAAAAACUUGCGAAAUUAAACUCAUGGUCUUGUUUAAUUUAUAAACAUAAAAAUUAAAUUUGUCAGUGAUAAACUGUAUCUUUAAUACCUAAUCCAAACUGCAAGAUAUUGCUGAUGUCAUGGAAUAAAUCAUUAUGGUAAUUUCUUACCAAAAUAUGGUAAUAUAUAUAACUUUUUUUUUUCAUUUUUAUAUAAAUACCAUUACAAAAAUCACCAUAUCUCUUUUCAAAUUCUUGAAAUAUGAAAGGUGAACGUGUCAUACUGAUUACUCAUUUAAUUCCACAUACAUAAUAAAAAAUUGCAAUGUCAAUUAACAUCUAAACUGAGUGACCCUCCUCCUUCUCCUGUAAAAUUUACAUUGACUAUUUUCAAAAUUUGAGAAAAAAUGAUGAAUGAGAUCGCUACAUGUGAAUAGAAUGAAUAAUACACGUACUGGGUGGCAUGUUAGGCUCUAGGGACUAACAACCCAGUGACUACAAAGUAUGAUGUAGUUGUAUGGUGUUUAAUAUGUUUUGUCAUAUCAUCAUUAAUGUAUUGAUAUUAAUUGUAUUAGAUUGAUUUACUGUGAAACAGUAAGGAUCUUUAAAUAAUGAAAGAAAAACAUGUGAAAUUAUAAAUUCGGCAAAUGAAAUUAUUUCUAACCCAUGUUUAUGUAUGAAGGAAAAUAUCAUUGUGAAAAUGUUUAGACUGUGAAUUUGCUUAUUUAUUCACCAGUAUUUUUCAGUAUAGCGGCAUCUUUAAUACUAGUAAGUUUUCUUCAUUAUUGAAAAGAUGUGAAGUUUGUAAAUAACUGUCAUAUCUAGCACUGAUUUUACUUUUGCCAUUAAUGUAAUGUGUUUAGAAUUGUAUUGUAUUAAUGAGCUUCAUAUAAGCUUUUGUAAACGAGUUUUGUAUUAAUAAUUAUAAAUAUUAUUAAUUUCAUUUGAAGACAAAGACUAACAUUAUUAUUGUUAUUAUUUGGUGGUGUUAAAACAGAGUUUGAUUGGUAAUUUUUCACAUUUUUAUUUUUAAGUUUGAUAUACUUGUGCAGUAAUAUUAUGGAAUUUACAAUAUAAUAAUUUUCUUUAUUCCUUUCAAAACUAUAUGGGUAUAUCUCUCUCUCUUCUUUCACCAAAGAAAUCUAAUUGUAAAAUGUCGAAGUGGUAUAAAUAAUAUACAGGGUGUCUAAUAAUUGAUAACUUGAUGAAAAGUUUGUAUAAGGCAAUUGAUAAAAAAAAAAGAUUUUUUUUGUUUGUUUAUUGUUGUUAGUGGCUUGAAAAGUUUGUAUGUUCCAGAAUUAAAGAUUAUUUGAUCGCAUUAUUUGUUUCAUUGAAUGACAAAUAUUUUAUUGAUUCAGUUUUUUCAAAAAAAAAAUAAGGUUUCCAUGGAUGUCAUGAAUAGCGAUAAAACUUUUAACUGGAGUUUGCAUUAAUAUGAAAAGAUUGAUUUUUUUUUUUCAAACUUCAGUUAUUGAUUUAUAGACUUGUAAAAACGAUGAAUGGUUUUUUUUUUAAAGUGUGCUCAUGAUGCCAGAAUUUUAUUUCUUAAUGUUCUUAUUUAAUUCCUACUUAAAUAGCAAUAAAAAAAUUGUUUCUUCAAUGGUGCUAAUAUUUUUUUUUUUAAUGUUUGUGAUAUGUUUAUAAAUAAAGUAUUUUAAAAUAUUAUGAUUUCGUGUCUUUGUAAGUGUUAACUAUUGUAUUGUAUUAUUAGUUGAAAUUGUGUUGCUGGUUUCCUUUGAGUUCUUAUAAGUGCUAUAAAUAUUUUUUGAGUAAGAGUUUAAAUUGAUACAUGUCAAUUUUUUUCUUUCUUAAUUAAGUAGAAAUUGUUUAGUGGGCCUCAAAUUUAAUAUUUCGGUUUUAUUAGUAGUAAUAUGCAUCUAUUUUUUUUUUCAGUUAUUCAUAAAGUAGACAUCAAGUUUAUGAAAUUUACUUGUAAAUAAAUUUUGUGCCUUUAUAGUUUUUUGCCUCCCUUUCCUUUUCCAUCCCAUUCUUUUAUAAAGAAAUUAUAAAUCUGUCUGUAUUUUUUAUAAUGCUAAAUUAUUUACUUACUUAACACAUUUAAUCACUGCAUUAAUAUUAAAAUUUCUGUAAGUUCCUUGCUCUACAGGAUAGAGCUUUUUUUAAAAAAAUUUCCAUUUGUAAUCCUUUUUGUCAAAGAUUUUUCCAAAACCUCCUUUCCAUCAGAAUAAAUUUUCUGUGAUGCCAGAUUUUGAAAAAAAAAAGGUAGAAAACGGGGCAUUAGUAAAAGAAAAUGUAAUUAAAAAUUAUUAUAUAUUAGAUUUUUAACAUUAUUUUCUUUGCCAUUUUUUGCUUAAAUAGUUUUUUU